CGAUAUCCUAAGCGUUUCAUUCGUUUCAACAACUAGCCAAAUUAAAAAAUAAAUACAAAAAAUACUUGAAACAACAACGUCUGGGGCAAACUGUUUGUGGGCAAUCAUUAAGCUAAACACGUAAUUCUUAUUCACUCAGGUAGCAAAAGAAUAACCCUAAUAACAACUACAACUACAAAAACAACAUAACAAAAAAGAAGAAGAAAUAAACAACAUAUAAUGACGCCAGAGAAAUCGGUUUUAGCCUAUGUCAAUCAUUUGAUAGUCAGCAAUUUUUCAUAUUUCUGGGAUGAAAUUGAUGGCUAUCUUAAUUAUUUCGGUGGCACUUUGGGCACCUUGACCUUGACCAGUGUGGCGGCAAGUAUUGCCUAUUAUUUUGCAACGCGACCACAACCUGAAAAACCGUUAGUGCCUCUGGAAAAUCAAUCACCAUUAUUGGAGGGUCCAGAACAAAUACACGUUUCAAAAUUCUACAAGGAAUCGAAAAAUGGUAAAUUUGUCUCCUACAUCACAGAGAAUGUACGCACCCUAUAUCAGACAUUUCGCGAAGGAGCCUAUGCCUCAAAUAAUGGACCAUGUUUGGGAUGGCGUGAGACCCUAACAUCGCCCUACCAGUGGAUCAACUACGAUGAGGCCUUGCUUAGAGCCAAAAACUUUGGCUCUGGCAUGUUGGCAUUGGGUGCUCGACCCAAACAGCUAAUUGGCAUCUAUUCGCAAAAUCGACCCGAAUGGAUAUUAUAUGAGCAGGGUUGCUAUUCAUUUUCAUUGGUUGUGGUGCCAUUAUACGAUACUUUGGGUCCAGAUGCCUGUGCUUUUAUCAUACGACAAACGGAAAUGUCCAUUGUGAUAGUGGAGGAUGAUGGCAAAGCAUCCAUGCUGCUGGAGAAGGCACCGCGUAGCCUAAAGAUAAUUGUAUCGAUCAAACCCAUACGUCAGACGACACUGGAACGGGCCCGUAGCCGGGGCAUACAGAUCUUCUCGUUCAUCGAUGUGGAGAAACUUGGCGCCAAGGGCAAUCAUCCGGAGGUGCCACCCACAGCGGAAGAUUUGUGCACAGUGUGCUACACAUCGGGCACAACGGGCAAUCCAAAGGGCGUAAUGCUCACCCACGGCAAUGUGGUGGCCGGUGUCUGUGCCGUCAUCCUGCAGAUGGGUGAUCAUCGCAUUAGGGCCGGUGAUGUCAUGGUUUCCUUCUUGCCAUUGGCCCACAUGUUCGAGCGAUGCUGUGAGAAUGGCAUGUACUAUGUAGGCGGCUGUGUGGGCUUCUAUUCUGGUGAUAUUAAGGAGCUGACCAAUGAUCUGAAAAUGCUGAAACCGACGGUAAUGCCCGCUGUGCCGCGUCUCCUCAAUCGUGUCUAUGAUAAGAUACAAAACGAUAUUGCCGCAUCGGGCCUGAAACGUGGUCUCUUCAAUAUGGCCAUGAAGGCCAAGGAGAAGGAGAUCGCCCGCGGUAUUAUGCGACGCAAUGGCUGUUGGGAUAAGCUUGUCUUCAAGAAGGUCCAUCAGGCAUUUGGUGGCAAUUUACGUCUAAUGGUUGUCGGCUCGGCACCAUUGGCUGGCAAUGUCCUGACCUUUAUGCGCUGUGCCUUGGGCUGUUUGGUCCUGGAGGGCUAUGGCCAAACGGAAUGCACUGGUGCCAUCACCCUAACAGUUCAGGGUGAUCAUGUGCCCAAUCAUGUGGGUCCUCCGGUAUCUUGUAAUGCUGUCAAAUUAGUCGAUGUACCCGAAAUGGAAUAUUUCGCCAAUCAAAAUACAGGAGAAGUCUGUGUCCGAGGCUCAAAUGUGUUCCAUGGUUACUACAAAGAUCCUGAGAAGACAGCCGAGGCUAUUGAUUCCGAGGGUUGGCAUCAUACAGGCGAUGUGGGAAUGUGGCUACCAAAUGGCACUCUACGUAUUAUUGAUCGUCGCAAGCAUAUCUUUAAGCUCAGUCAGGGUGAAUACAUUGUACCCGAGAAAAUUGAGAAUAUCUACACAUUGAGUCAAUAUGUGAAUCAAGUCUAUGUUUAUGGUGAAAGCUUAAAGAGCUGCAUUAUUGCUGUUGUUGUACCUGAUGUCGAUGUACUAAAAUUAUGGGCCACAGAGAACAAUGUACGCGGCACACUGUCCGUCCUAUGCAAUAAUAAGAAUGUCAAGGAACUAAUUAUGAAUGAUAUGCUCAAUUGGGGCAAACAAAGUGGACUGAAGUCAUUCGAACAGGUCAAGGAUGUCUAUCUGCAUCCAGAUCCUUUCUCGGUACAAAAUGGAUUGCUAACGCCCACAUUCAAGGCCAAGAGACCGCAAUUGAAGAGCUAUUUCAAGCCACAAUUGGAGGAUAUGUAUAAACAUUUGGAUUGAAGCUAACCAAAAAUGAAGAAAAAUAUAUAUAUAUUGAAAUAUAUAUAUAAAAAUAACACACACACAUACACACAACGAACAACAAAACUAAUUAGCAUUCAAACAAAACGGAUAAACAAAUAUACCUAUGUAUAUAUAUAUGUAUACAUAUACAUAUAUGUAUAUAUAAAUAAACUGAUGAUAACUAAGACUACAGAAAUACAAUAUUUUGAAUAUCAAAAAAAAAAAAAAAAACAAAUAACGAUGAAUAAGAAGCAGGGGGCUAAAAACCAACAUUUGUGAUUCCCGAGAAGGAAUUUUUGUAGUUUCGUCAAUUCCUAGCAAUUAAGCAGAAGCAAAGUUUCAAAAGAACAAAGAUUCAAAAAAAAAAAAUAAUAAUAAUAAUUUUAUUAAUA